AUGGGUGGUAGUUUAAAUAUAACAUGUUCUGCAAGUAGUUCAUGGAGUUCUUUCCCUAAUUGUGUCUUGAGUACGCAGACAACAACAGUUUCUCCAAAUAGUGGAGCACCUUGUAAUUAUAAUCCUAGUCUAAUGACUAUACCAAAUGGUUAUUCCAGUUCUUCGAAUGGUCUUAUGUUGCCGACUGCUACUCAAGCUAUAUCUGGAGCAUAUAUUAGUUACAUGUGUACACCACCAUAUGCUCUUGUAGGUAAUUCGGUAAUCACAUGUACAAAUGGAGUUUGGUCACCACAACCUGUCUGCGUCGCGGCCGGUUCAGGUAGUGUAACGACUAGACCAUCAUCAUUAAAAUGUACUGAAGUGCCGAUUGUUGCUAAUAGUUAUGUAUCAUCGGCGACGUCUAUUCAGUACUCUAAUAAUACAUACCAAAGAAAAGUUGAAUUCAAAUGUAACCCUGGAUAUACAUAUGUAAGCACAUCAGGUCAACUUGUGGUAUGGUGUACGAACGGUGUAUGGGAUCGACUUCCUAUUUGUGUUGCAAGUCCUUCUUGUCCAGUCAAUCAAUUACAAUCAGCACUUGUUAAUGUGGAAAUAGUAUCACGAUCACUUUAUGCUGGUAAUGGUGGUAUUCUUGCUGGUGGUUGGAUUCAACUUCGAUGUGCAUCUGGUUAUAUUCUCAAGUCAUCACCUGGUUCUCUUAAUAUUACUUGCCUUUCGACAGGAGCAUGGUCACCAUUUCCUAGUUGUUCUCAAUAA